GAGCGGGCAGCACGGUUCCGGGAUCCGCGGGCUGGGAAAGCGUACACUGCAAGGACCUCCCGGCUCCUGUCCCCUUGGUGCCCCGCCCCGCGCGCCCACUGCUUCCUGGAGCUGCCGGCCUUGGUUGGCUUGGGAAAAAUGAGCCGCAUCUACCACGACAGUGUCCUCCGCAACAAGGCGGUGCAGAGCGUGCGACUGCCGGGGUCCUGGGACCCCGCCGCCCACCAGGGGGGAAAUGGCGUCUUGCUAGAGGGGGAGCUGGUGGAUGUAUCUCGGCACAGCAUCUCGGAUGCCCAUGGCAGGAAGGAGCGCUACUAUGUGUUGUAUAUCCGGCCCAGUUGUAUCCACCGACGGAAGUUUGACUCCAAAGGAAAUGAAAUCGAGCCCAACUUCAGUGCCACCAGGAAGGUGAACACAGGCUUCCUCAUGUCAUCUUAUAAGACGGAAGCCAAGGGGGACACUGACAGGCUCACGCUCGAGGUGCUGAAGGGCCUGGUCAACAAGCCGGACCUGCUGGAGCUGACAGAGGGCCUCACCCCAGACCAGACGGUGGCAUUCUGGAUGCCAGAGUCAGAGAUGGAGGUCAUGGAACUUGAACUGGGGACUGGAGUGCGGUUGAAAACUCGGGGUGAUGGCCCCUUUAUAGAUUCCUUAGCCAAACUGGAGCUGGGGACCGUGACCAAGUGUAAUUUUGCUGGUGAUGGAAAGACGGGGGCAUCCUGGACAGACAACAUCAUGGCCCAGAAGUCUUCACAGAGGGACACAGUGGAGAUCCGAGAGCAAGGAGAUGGAGCAGAGGAUGAGGAAUGGGAUGACUGAAGUGCCUCCUCCCAUUACCAGCAUCUGAGAUUGUGUCCUUGAGAAAUGGCCGUCCUGACUUCCACCCUGGAAAGAGCAGUCUGUCGGGCUGAAUACCAUUAACACAUUUCUGCGGAGAUCAAAUCCAAGACCUCGAGACUCACAGGGGUCUCCAGUCUACGACUUUUGUUUUUUGAUUUUUGUCUUUUUGUUUGUUUGGCUGGUUUUUCGAGACAGGGUUUCUCUGUGUAACUUUGGUGCUUGUCCUGAAACUCGCUCUGUAGCCCAGUCUGGCAUCGGACUCACAGAGAUCCGCCUGUCUCUGCCUCCCGAGUGCUGGGAUUAAAGUCAUGCACCACCACUGCCCAGCUUAGGUUACAACUUUUGUAUGUCUGUGUCCCUCUUUGGAUGCAAGGCUAGCUUUGCUAGACCUUUCUCCAGUGUUCCUUUCCCUAGGUGGUGGACAUGUACCAGAUGAGUUCCCCAAGCCCUGAUGCACAAUUAAGGAAUGUCCCUUGUCUGAGACAGAGGAGCUCUGGGGGGAAGUGAGCGGGCUCCUUCUAUUCUUGCUGUUUUCUCCUUUCUGUCCUGUGCCAGCCUUCUCCUUGUGCCUCUGUUCUCCUGAUCUACUCCUCCUUAGUCUGUUCUUUCCCAUCCCUUACCCAAGGUCCUACUUUUUUACUUCUAUUCUGCUCCAAGUCUCCAUGGGGUUUCCUGCCUUAGACCUCUGUUUUACUGCUCUGAUGAAGCACCAUGACCAAAAGCAACUUGGGGAAGAAAGGGUUUAUUUUGCUCACACAGUUCCAUUUAACAGUUCAUCAUCAAAAGCAGUGUGGGCAGGAACUCAAGUAGGGCAGGAACCCAGGGGCAGGAGCAGAGGUCACGGAGGAUGCUGCUUACUGGCUUUGCACAGCCUUCUUUCUUAUAGAACCCAGAACCUCCAGCCCAGGAGUGAUGCUGGCUCUCCCCCAUCAACCACUAAAUAAGAAAAGGCCUUACAACCAGGUUUUAUGAAAGCAUUUUCUCAUUGAAGGUUCCUUCCUCUCAGAUGACUCUAGCUCAUGUCAAGCUGACAUAAAGCCAGCCAGCACAGACCCACCUGGCUGCUCUUCUGGAAGGCCAGCAGCCUUUCUGGCUGUGUCUGGCUGGUCCACAGAUCUUGAUUCGUUCUACUGGGUCAACUUUUAAAUUUUUAUUUAUUUUCAAUUUUUUAAUGGCAAUCAAACCUAGGGCUUCAUGCUUGCUCUGUAAGUGAUCUGCCACGCCUAUACCCACAGCCAUGGACCACAUUUUUAGCAGCAUUGUUUCUGUUGUUUUGUACUUGGAGAACUUUUAUGAAUGAGUGAAUCCUCAAAUUCCUCCACACUACUGGGUUCUUGUGAAGUGUUAAUGAAUGAGUUUUAUGAAUGAGUGAAUUUUCAGGAGGAAUUCCUCCACACUCCUGGGUUCUCAUGAGGUGUUAAUGAUCUGGCAGCUGAGCCACCUUCCUAGCAGACAGCCUCCGGUCUUUGGUGAUGAACAUUUCCUCGUUGGGUAGGUGUGUCCCUUUUCAGAUCUGGGCAAAAUCUGAAGUGGAAGUCUACAUGUCCUGAGUUUAAUUCUAGGUAGCCAUGGCAGCUGUGCAUAUCCUGCUUGAUCCUGGGAAGAAGGGGUGAAGGAGGAUAGGAUUACUGAGUCUCCUUAAUGUGUCAAAUGCAAUGCCAGAUGCUUUCUGUGACCAUGACUGGCGCUGCCAAUACUGCAAUACUGAGUUCUUGCUGGUGUGUUAAGUACUUGGGAGUAUUCUGUCACAACACUCCUAUGAUGUACAUAUGAUUAGUAUCCCCCUCCUUUUAUUUUAUUUUAUUUUUUUAGUACAUAGACUGAAGCUUUGAGGCUCUAUGAAUAGUAUGUAUUGCCAGAGAAAGAAAUUUAAACCCAGGCAGUCAGUUUCAAAACCUACAUUUCUUUCUUUUUUCUUCCCUUCUUCUUCUUCUUCUUCUUCUUCUUCUUCUUCUUCUUCUUCUUCUUCUUCUUCUUCUUCUUCUUCUUCUUCUUCUUCUUCUUCCUUCUCCUCUCCCUCCCCCUCCCCCUCCCACGUUUCCUCCUCCCUCCCCCUCCUCCUCCUUUUUGAGAGAGGAUCCACACACAUUUCAGGCUGACCUUGAACUUGUUAUGUAGCUAAGGAUGUCCUUGACCUUCUGAUUCUCCUGCCUUUCCCCAGUGUUGGAAUAAUAAACACGCACCCCCAGGCCUGUUUUAUGUGAUGCUGGAGUGCACACUCAGGACUUUGUGCAUAUUAGGUGAGCACUCUGCCAACUGAGCUACAUCCCCAGUCCCAAAGUUCACAUUCCCCCACAUACCCAUUUUGUUUAUUUUGUUUGCUUUGUUUUUUAAGAUGCUGUUUCACUAUGUGCCCCUUGCUGACCUCACAAGACCAUCUGGCCUUGAACUCGUAGAUAUCUGCCUGCCUCUGCCUUUUAAAUGCUGGGAUCAAAGUCCACAUUUUUGAUUACUGGACUCUUUUGCCUCCACCUGCAAACUAUAGAGAAGGAAGAGGAGAUCAGAGAGGUCAGACAACUCUCCCAGUUUCUAAGUGGAGGAUCCAGGCUUGGAGUCCAGAAUUCCCAAAGGCAAAGUUCUUGUCUCUUCCCUUGUCCCUGCUUCCUUAGCCACAAAAGGUUUUUGGGUAUAAGGGCAAGAGGAUGUAGAACCAUGUCAUUGGUGUCCUGUAUCUGGAGCAGCUUACAGACAGGUCAUGAUGGGGUCUUAUCCUUGAGGAUGGUAAGGAAUAGGUUAUCUGGGGACACUGGGACACCUUAUUGCACAAAGCUCCAGGCAACCCCUGGAGCAGGCCAGCCUUUUAAUGUCUUGAGGCAAAGGGCUCUGAUCCUGGACUUUAAGGAAGGAAAGGUCUCGUAGUUGAAGUUCAGAAGGUAGUAUAGCAUGGGACAUGUGUUUUAGAGGCGGCUAGAUGUUGGGCAUGGCAAUUUCAUGCUCACUAAAGCUUUGAGGACUUUAUCCUUAGUGUCCUGGAUGCUAGUGGUCCUGUGGAGAAGUGAGGGCUGAUUCAUCUAUUUUGAAGCUCAGUUGCGCGAGAAGAAAUGGGAGCAGUGAGCUUCUGCUGGAAUCUGCUGCCAUGGUUCGGUGAGAGGGCAGCGUGGUUUGCUCUGCAGCAGAGACAAAGAGUGAGGAAAAGGCUCGUGCCCAGAGGUAUUUAGGGAGCAGAAUCAACAAGCCCCAGGAGAGAGGAAGGAGACAAGAAAAUGUUCAGACUCUGAUGAGCGUAAGUGUUGAGGUGCAUACGGUUGUUUAGUAGGAGCCCAGCCUGAGGCUGAAAUACACUACUAGGGAAGGAAACCAUGUUUCCUGUAGAGAAGACAGACAUGGUGGCUCAUGCCUAUAACCCCACUGCUUGGGAGGCAGAAAUGUAGAAGGGUUGCCAACAGUCUGAGGUUAGCCUGGGCUACAGACUGAGGCCCUGCUUCAUAAAACCAAACCCAAAACCAUACGUGCAAACAACACAAAAGGGCCAGCAAGCUGGCUCAGUGGGUAAAAGUGAUUGCCACCAAGCCUGAAGCUGAGUCUGAUUUCCAGAACUUACAUGGCGAAAGAGAGGACCAGCAGCUGUUGGCUAAUUUCCACACUCAUUCAUGUUGUAGCUCACGAGCACCUACCCCUCCACAUAAAUAAACAAUAACAAAGUAGAUUUCAGUUUAGCAGUUAGAGAAACUGAGUUAAAACCUGCUUCCCAGGAUAGAAAGGUGCUUGUUUCAAAGUUGGGUAGCGACCUGGGGGCUCACGCAGGUACCUUGAAUAAGUGGAAAAGACCCACAAUUUCACCCUGUCCUGUUAAUAAUUGCUAUUAUCUUGCCUCUUUAAUAUGUCUACGUGUAAAAUUGGACUUUACUCUUCCUAUUGUUACUAUGUAAUGACUGUCAGUGUGAUUGGACUUUACUCUCCCUAUUGUUACUAUGUAAUGACAGUGCACAGUUGUAUUUUUUUGAGGCUCUUUAGACCAGGCUGAUCACAGAGUCCCACAUCUGCCUGCUUCUGCUUCCACAGCGCUGAGACUAAAGGCGCUCAUCAUUACAGCUGGCUCCUCACUGUGUUUGGAUGAUUUAGGAGCAGGUGUCCAGAGUCAGGUCACUGGGAAUCUAGGCAUCUUUGUAAAAUUCUUGCUAUAUUGUCAAGUUGCCUCCCCAAAGGGCUGCUUUAGACUGCGGCCUCAGGGCCAGUGCAGGAGAGAACUGAUUUCAUGCUACUUGUGCCAGAACUGGGGGUGAAGAUUUUGAACAAAUAUUUGAUAAGGUGAAAAUUCUUAAAUAUAUUUUAUCAUUUCUUCUA